UUGGGUUUUUUCAAACAGGAGUGGGCGAAGUGUUCUCAUAAAGAAUAGUUGGACAAACCUGAGACCAUUUGUAUACGUGUUUGUGUGAGAGAAGAAGUGACGUGUAUUAGCGGCUCCACUGGUGACGUGUCUUUGCUGCUGAGUCUCUCUUUCCUUGCCGAGUAGCUGUGGAUGGAGCCACACUGAGUCCACUCUCAGAGCACAGACUACUACCAGAAACACGCGUGGACUUGAGCUGAGGACAUCAUGGGGAUUAAAUUUUUGGAAGUUAUCAAGCCUUUCUGUGCAGUCUUGCCAGAAAUUCAGAAACCAGAAAGAAAGAUUCAGUUUAGAGAAAAAGUACUAUGGACUGCUAUCACGCUAUUCAUCUUCUUGGUGUGCUGCCAGAUUCCACUAUUUGGCAUCAUGUCAUCAGACUCUGCAGAUCCUUUCUACUGGAUGAGAGUGAUCCUGGCUUCCAACAGAGGUACUCUGAUGGAGUUGGGUAUCUCACCCAUUGUCACCUCAGGCCUCAUCAUGCAGCUGCUGGCUGGUGCCAAGAUCAUUGAGGUUGGCGACACCCCCAAAGACAGAGCCCUCUUCAAUGGAGCCCAAAAACUGUUUGGAAUGAUCAUCACCAUUGGGCAGGCAAUUGUGUACGUCAUGACUGGCAUGUAUGGAGACCCCUCUGAGAUGGGUGCUGGGAUUUGCUUGCUUAUCAUUAUUCAGCUCUUUGUUGCUGGUCUGAUUGUCUUGCUGCUGGAUGAGCUUCUGCAAAAAGGCUAUGGUCUGGGCUCUGGUAUCUCUCUCUUCAUCGCAACCAACAUCUGUGAGACAAUUGUGUGGAAGGCCUUCAGCCCCACCACUGUCAACACAGGCAGAGGUACUGAGUUUGAAGGAGCCAUCAUUGCUCUCUUCCAUCUGCUGGCCACUCGCACAGACAAAGUGCGAGCUCUGAGAGAAGCCUUCUACCGACAGAACUUGCCCAACCUCAUGAACCUCAUUGCAACCGUUUUCGUGUUUGCAGUGGUCAUAUAUUUCCAGGGUUUCAGAGUGGAUCUGCCUAUCAAGUCAGCACGCUACCGUGGUCAAUACAACACCUACCCCAUCAAACUGUUCUACACGUCCAACAUCCCCAUCAUCCUUCAGUCUGCUCUGGUCUCCAAUUUGUAUGUCAUUUCCCAGAUGCUCUCAACACGUUUCAGUGGCAACUUCUUGGUUAAUCUUCUUGGAACCUGGUCUGACACUUCAAGUGGUGGACAUGCUCGUGCCUACCCAGUCGGUGGUCUCUGCUACUACCUAUCUCCCCCAGAGUCUUUCGGUUCUGUGUUGGAUGACCCAGUUCAUGCUGUCAUCUACAUCGUCUUCAUGCUUGGUUCCUGUGCCUUCUUCUCCAAGACUUGGAUUGAGGUCUCAGGUUCUUCAGCCAAAGAUGUGGCAAAGCAGUUGAAGGAGCAGCAGAUGGUGAUGAGAGGACACAGAGAAACCUCCAUGGUGCAUGAACUGAACAGGUACAUCCCUACAGCUGCUGCAUUUGGUGGUCUGUGUAUAGGAGGACUGUCUGUCAUGGCGGACUUCCUGGGUGCCAUUGGUUCGGGUACAGGAAUCCUUUUGGCUGUGACCAUCAUCUACCAGUACUUUGAGAUCUUUGUAAAAGAGCAGAGUGAAGUUGGAAGCAUGGGCGCACUGCUCUUCUAAAAGAGAAACAGAACAACCUUUUGAUAGACAGACACUAAACACCAAGCCCUCCAUCAUUUCUAUUAUGUAUUCUCCUGUCAUUCUUUCUUUCUUUUUUUUUCUGUUUUUUUUUUUCUUUUCUUUUUUUUUUUGCAUUUAGCACAGAUUAUUUAAGUUGCUGCUGGGAUUGAAAUUUUCUUCUGCCAACGCAUUUGUAACCCAACAGAAUUCUCUAGCAUGUCAAUGAUGAGAAAACUGAGGUUAUUCCCAGUGUUAACAAUAGUAUUGUGUUAAAUCAAUUUUUCCCCAAGAGUUAGCACCCACCCCUCUGCAGACUGCCUACACCCCAACUGAUUGUCUCAGAAUUAGAAUGAUGUCUGGAAGCAUUCAUGUGUACCGUUGCCUCUGACCACAUCGGCCAUCGGACACAACACCAUGUUCCUCUAGCGCUAAUACAGUCACAACAGUUUAGUGCAUCUAUUGAGCUGAAAGUGCUGAGUUGGACAUUUUGGGGGAAGGGGCUAAAAUUUAAGCCAUGUCAUUUUCAUCCCAGAGCAGACAUACUCGGGGUAUCUAGGGCCCUAGUAAACCUUGUACUCCUAUGGAAAGGUUUCUGGUCAACCUGAGACACACUGCUGCUGAUUUUCAUUUUUGUUUUGGUAUUUUAAGUGAUGGACAAUGUCUUCAUUCACUCUGGUCUUAUGUAGGGGGCAGUGUUUGUCCUUCAUGUCUGAGUCCUCCACGGACAAGCGUUGUCUCAUGCUCUUUUAUUUGCAGACCGAAUCGCUGCACAAAACUAGCGACGUGGUCGGGAUCGGGGGGGGUUUGAUAGGGGCGAAAAAUGGGGGUUUCAUUUUGGUUUUUACUUUAUGUAACAAACAUAACUGAGUUAUUAAAAAAACAAGAUUUUUUUCCAAAA